AGUCGCCGCGAAGCUGCGUGCGACGAAGACACGUUUAACCACCGCGUGGAAAUUCCCCCUCCAGUGUUUGUUGGUGUUUGUCGGAAAUGCCAUGCGGUGAAUUCGGCCGAAAAGUAGUGUUGUUACGCUUGGAACCUGUUGACUGGUUGAAUUAAAAAAAGCUCGACGCCGCUGAAUCAUUCGACUCGUUUCUCGUAAAUCCGUCAGUCGAUGAUACUCCUCUCGAGACCGCUGGCCGCCCCUGUCCUUCUAUAAUUCUAUUUUAAACGUCAGGAGACCGAAGUGCAGCGAACUGGUUAUGGUACGGAAGAGAAUUUUGGGGCUGGAGGUACGUCGGCAAAGGAUACUAAACCGCAUGCAUUAUAUCAAAUUAAACGCGUAGACAGUGUGACGUCGUGUGCUCCGUUACGCAUCGGAUUUUUGCUUGACGAGUGUUUUCAAGGAUAGGCGAAAGUGAUCGAGACAGUUGCAUCUUCGGAUUUCUUAAAUCAGUGGCACAGCGAGCAAUUCUGAACACUUGCGUGGAACCUACCGCUUAUAAUGGAAUCUUUUUCUCGAAGUCGAAGAAUGGUAGCAGUAAUAAAACGUUUAGAAGAUGUGUAACGUUAACGUGUCUAAUGUGUUUCAGACAUAAAAUGAAAAUUGCGAUCAUACGUAACUAAACACUGUAGCAGUGAAAUUAAAGCUUUCACAUAAUCACUUGUGAAGAUAUAAUUGAUUAGCGAGGCGAAUAAUAGAAAAUUUGAUAGCUUUCGGAGUGACUUCGCACCGAGGAAGUGUGAUAACACAACAAAUUAAUUAUUCAGCGUUUUCGUCGGUAUAUAUGUAUAGCCAAUGAAUCAAACGAAGAACGUGCGUCGGUACGAGUGAGAAGAGAAAUAGUGCUUACCCCGCGAGUUACAAUCGAGCGAUAACUGUGAUUCUUGCACCAUGAAACUAUUUCUACAUUCUUUUUUCACACCGACUCUCGUAUGAAAUAUAUUCAACCAGUGAUAAUCGCGAGUGAGGCUUCGGUAAAGGGAAAAAGGAUUGCAAGGUUAAGAUUUUUUCAUGAAAAUCAUGCGGGUUGAGUGGACAAACAUUUUUGGUGUCCACUGGACGCUGAAAAUGUACGCUCGAUUAUUCAUUUUACUCAUCUUCACUGUGCUUUUCCAUCAACAUGCUAACGCGGAGGAAUGCAAAGAUUGCAAAGAAGACCUCGUAUGUGAGUGAGAACAUUUUACUAAUAAUAGACUGAAACUGUGCAUAGUCGAGACCGCGCACACGGCAAAAAGCAUCUCUAACCUUUGCUCACAAUUGGCGACCACAUGGCGUGUAAUUAGAUGUGUCGUAAAAACCGACAGGUUGAAUUGCCUGCGGCAGUUGGCUAUGGGACUGGCCGAUUUUACUGUACUGGAACCCGAGGACCUGGUCGCCGCGUCUGCAUACAACGAAUACAACGUCGUAGUCACCAACGAACUGAGACUAUAUGCAGAUGAAAAGCAACGGUUCGAGAUGGUAGUUCUAGUCAACAAGGACGUGAAAAGCAUAUGGGACGUUAAGGCCAGAAGGUUCUGCCAUCCUGGACAUGACUCGAGCGACGGUUGGACUAAGGCUUUCUCCACGUACUUCGAGAAGUGGAUAAUCCCCAGGGAAUGCGACGCUAACAAGACGUUGCUGGAGAACAGAGUGAACGGGGUGUCCAAUUUCUUCGAAGCAGCGUGUAUCGCUGGACCAUGGUCAGCGGACACAGAGUUGGACAGUAAACUGAAAGCGAAGUACAGAAACCUUUGCGCCGCGUGCGACAAUCCUGUCGGCUGUUACUCGAGUGAUAAGUACCACGGCCGCGAAGGAGCUUUAUUGUGUCUCACUGAUAACGCGGGAGACAUUGCCUGGGUCAGAUUAGACGAUACUCUUGCUCAUUUCAAGGAUGGCCAAGCAGAUAAAGAAAAUUAUAAUUACCUCUGCCCCGACGGUACAACGAGGCCAAUGAAAUUCGACAAGCCCUGCGUGUGGAUCUCGAAACCAUGGCCUGUGGUCAUCGCGAGAUUGGAGGUGGCAGAAGAGGUUCAGAAGAUGAUGGGCGAGUUAGACUUAGCGAAGUUCAGCUGGAUGUUGCGCAAUUUGCUGGAGAAUUAUCACCCGACGCCAGUGAACACCGAAACACUGGAAACUCCAGAGGAUUUCCUGAUAAAAUUUCCCGGUUUCCUGGGAGCCAACAACCGUGCAAGCUGUCGGCCAUCGAGGAGAGUACAAUGGUGUGUUUCAUCCAACUUGGAGGACAGAAAGUGUCGCUGGCUCAGAGAAGCCUCCUUAGUUUACGGCGUGGAACCAACGAUUUCCUGUAAACAAGAGCCAACGAGGGCAUCGUGCUUGAAGGCGAUAAAAACAAGAGAGGCGGACAUAUUCGUCGCGAUGCCAGAAGAACUGCUCAGCGCCAGAAAAAUGGGUUUGAAGCCGAUCGUGCAGGCGGUAGUCAAAAAGAAUAACGAGUUCAACAGAAUCGCGGCGGUCGUCAAGCAGGAUUCACGGUUCAAGAGUUUGAGGGACCUCAAGGGAGCCAAAGCAUGCUUCACGGGAUACAGAGAUGUCGGGUGGAAUACCUUUGUGUCAGCUUUGAGGAAUAUCUCAAUUGGAAAAUCUGACUGCUCGGAUGCACGGGUAGUUGGAAACUUUUUCGAGGAGAGCUGCGUUCUUGGGUUGAACGACAGCCACGCGGAAAUUCCUCGUAAUUUAUAUUCACUGUGUAAACAGACAGGCAGAGUCGGAGACGAUUUAAGUGCCUUCGAUUGUUUAUCUUCUGGCCUUGGAGACGUAGCUUUUGUCAACCUGAAGAACAUCGAAAAAAAGACUGGUAAUUUUAACUCACAAAGUCGCAGCGAUCACGGGACCAAUAGUUAUCGAACGCUAUGUCUGAGGGAAACAGAUGCUGAUGAGGAUCACAUGUGUGUACUUGCGUGGACGCCGUUAAGCGCGGUUGUGGCGCAUGAAAACUUGACGUCAUUAAGACGCGAAGAGAUUUAUGCGAUGCUACUGGAGAUGGACGAUCUGUUUGGAGUCACUCUCAAGGGUAGAAUACCAGCGUUCUCUAUGUAUGGACCGUACGAUUCGAAUUACAGCGUCAUCUUCCCGGAUGAAACGCAACAUCUGCAAGUUGAUGCUCACCAGAUGCAACAUGUACGUAGUUACAAUGACAUUGUCAAUGAUAUUAUUAAACAACCCACCUGUGGCAGCGUAAGAAAUUUCAAUCUUCAUUAUGGUAAUAUGAUUUUUGUAUUUGUUACAGUUUAUGUUUCGAGUAAAUUAGUAUAUAUUUAAUGAUGAAUGUUCUUUUAUCAUUUUAACAUUGUAUAAAGAUUUGUACACACAAUAUCUGAAUAUAGCGAUAUUCGAUGUAAUAAAAGUUUGUUAUGCAGCAAGA